AUGGACUCAGGGGGCGGAGGAGGGGGGUCGCACAAGGCCGCGUCGGGCUCCGCGCCGUCGGCGGCGGCGGCGGCGCCGAACCCCACGGCGAUGCUCUCGGCCCUGAUGGGCAAGCGCGCCAAGCUCCAGGAGGAGGUCCGCUCCAUCGAGCGGCAGGUUUAUGAUAUGGAGACCACCUACCUACAAGAAUCUAAUCAAUUCGGAAGCGUGCUGAAGGGUUUUGAAUCAUUCUUGUCAUCGUCAAAAAACACUGCUAACCUCAAGCGGUCAAGGAAGUUUCAGGUUGAUGAGAGACUAUUCUCUCUGUCAUCGGUUACUUCUCCAGCGGUUGAAGAACAACUGGCUGCGCGAGAUGAGGCAAGAGAAUAUGCAGGUCGUUCAAAGGGCGCAAGCACUCCAGCUAAUGGCCAAGGGAAACCAAAGAAGGGAGGGCGUCCUGGAGGGAGAGACGGCAAGAGAAUACGCCCAUCGAACGAUCCAGACUUGGACGAUGAAGAUGACUACUAA